UUGACUCUUGGCAACGGGCACCUCUUGAAGAUUACUGUAUAGCGAUAAUAUAAUAAUAAAACUAACACGUGACCUACGUGUGAGAAGAGAAAUUAAAAUAAAUUCUCAAAAAAGGAUCUUGGAUUAGGAAGUGCUUGUCAGCCUGAUUGGUCAUUUCACUGACUUCCUGUUGAUGUGAAGGCAGAAGUACCCUGAGUCUUGUGAGAGUCGGGGAAGUGAUUGGUGGUCGUGGGAUGGCGCUAUCCUUGGUCCUGAUCGGUCUGUCAGUGUGCAGUGUGUCUGGACUGUGGCCAGUACCAUACAGACGAUUUGACUAUCGUCCUAAGACGGAUCCCUACUGCCAAGCCCAGUAUACAUUUUGCCCUACUGGAUAUGCAGAUGGCUCUAUUCCCUUGAUGAAAGAUGAAGACACCAUUGAGAUUUUUCGACUACAAGCACCAGUUUGGGAAUUCAAGUAUGGAGAUCUUCUCGGUCAUUUUAAAAUUAUGCAUGAUGCCAUUGGAUUCAAAAGCUCAUUGACUGGGAAAAAUUACACUGCAGAAUGGUAUGAGCUCUUCCAACUCGGUAACUGUACGUUCCCCCACCUACAGUCUGACAUAGAGGAACCAAUCUGGUGUAACCAAGGAGCAGCCUGCUUCUUUGAAGGGAUAGAUGAUGAACACUGGAGGACCUAUGGAACUUUAGUUCCAGUAGCAACGAUCUCAGGUUCCAUGUUUAAUCAUCUGGCAAAAUGGAUAAAAGAAGAUAAUAACACUGGCAUUUACUAUGAGACGUGGACUGUGAAGGAAUCAAUGGCACCGAACUCAACUCUGUGGUUUGAUUCCUAUGACUGCAGCAAAUUUGUGCUACGGACCUAUCAGAAGUUAUCAGAGCUUGGCGCCACCUUCAAGAAGAGCGUUCAGACAAACUAUACUCGCUUGUUCUUGUAUAGUGGAGAGCCUGUGUACCUGGGGAAUGCAAGCUCCAUUUUCGGCCCACGUGGAAACAAGUCACUAGCAACUGAGAUUCACAAGUUUUAUUUCCCUUACAGGCCUCAUCAAUCAUUUAAAGAACUUCUUCUAAGCAUCCUCGACAUUUAUGGGAAAUCGGUGUUACAGAAGACAUUUUAUUUGUUUUAUAAUUUUGAAUAUUGGUAUUUACCUAUGAAACCUCCUUACAUUACAAUUACAUAUGAAGAGAUCCCUCUGCCGUCCAGAUAGUCUCUGACCGAUCUGCCAUAUAAAACAUUCCAUGUGUCUUUACCAGUGACUGGCAAUAUUGCAUGCCAGUUGUGGCUUCAGAAGGACUAAAAGGCACAAUCAUUGUUCAGUUUGGUAAUUAAAAAUGGUGUACAAAUGAAAUAUGACACAGCUACUGUAUUGUAUUUUAUCCAAGAAAGCUUGAUCCAUUAUCAGUAGAUACAAUAAUAGUC